AUGAACGGCCACGCCGCCUCUGCUGGUGCCAGUGCGGUUCAUCCCGAGAACGAGAGGCCCUCGUCCUCGUCCAAGAUAAAAUGUCUUGACGGCCUACGCGGCGUCGCCUGCUUUUUGGUUUUCAACUACCACUUCCUCUGGCCAUGGACACCGCUCAUCAUGCUCGGCUACGGCGCGCGGCCGCCCAAAAGCCCCGAGCCUUACACUAACUGGGCCCAGCUGCCCAUCAUCUGCCUCUUGCACCGUGGACGCCCCAUGGUGGCUAUCUUCUUUGCCAUCUCGGGCUAUGUGCUGUGCAGACACAUUCAGCAGGCCAUCCACCAGCGCCGGCAUGAGGAGGUGUACAAGAAGCUCAGCUCUGCCGUAUUCCGCCGCGUGUUCAGGCUGUACCUCCCCUGCGCGGUGAGCAUGUUCAUCGUGGCCAUGCUAGCGCAGGUGGGCGUCUUCAAGACGGAGAAGGCCAUCUACAAGGGCCCUGACUCGGCCUGGAUCAACGGUACGGUCACCAAGGGGUAUUUCCACCACGGCAAGUGUCCCAACAAAACCAUUGCGGUGGAGGGCAAGGAAGGGGUUGCUGCCGCGCUGGGGCUCCAGACGACAGCCUACCUGAACGAGACGAUUGGCAUCACGGACCAGCUCUGCCUGAACAUCACGUCCCAGCUGCACAUGCCUGCAGUGCUCUAUCAGGACAUGGACAAGCCCAAGCCAAAACCCAAGCCGGCCAAGAACGCCACGGCGAAUGCUACGUUUACCGACUUUGCAGACCACGGCGCCGCCUCCUCUUCCUCGUCCUCGUCCUCGCCGCCCUCCUCUGUGCUGCACAAGAACAAAAACGCGACGGCGAAACCCUUCACCUGGGUGCAGCUGGGCGGUUCCUGGGAGGAACACCCCGUCAUCCACCCCCACCUCCCCAAGGCGCUGGCCAACUUCACCGUGGUGUAUGGACAGUGGGCGAACCCUUUCAACUUUGGACACAUGCACCCGCGCUUCGACCCACACACGUGGACGAUCCCCAAGGAGCUGAGGGGCAGCAUGGUACUGUACACAUUCCUGCUGGGCACGGCGGGCCUGCAGGCGCGGUGGCGGUUGGGCGCUGCGGUGGGGCUCUGCGCCUAUGCAAUCUGCCUGGGGUACUGGGAUAUGGGCGUCUUCGUGGGCGGGAUGGUGCUGAGCGAGGUCGACCUCCUGCGCGUGGCGGACCCAGGCACGCUGUCCAGUCGAGACAGGGCCCUCGCAGCCUCGCUCGCCGGCCCUCCCCUCCUGUCGCCGCGCAGGGAGCGCGCGGUGCGGUGGGCGGCGACCACGGCGGCGCUCUACUUACUGUCGUACCCUGACGCGGGCGGCGAGUUCACGCCGGGCUUCCGCACGCUCGCCUGGCUGGCCCCGCGGUGGUACCUCCCUGUCAGCAAGUGGAUGUUCUACCAGGCCCUCGGCGCACUCGUCCUCAUCCCCUGUGUCAUGCGCUCCCCGACCCUCCGCCGGCUGCUCGAGUCCGGCCCCGCGCAGUACCUCGGCCGCAUCAGCUUCAGCUUCUACCUCGUCCACGGGCCCGUCCUGCACAGCCUCGGGUUCUGGGUGAUGCCGCGCUUGUUGGAGCGGCUUGGGAGGCUCGGGGCUUAUGUUGUUGGGUGGGUCUGGCUGGCGGGGGUGGCGCUGUACCUGAGCGGGUGGUUUUAUCGCAAGGUGGAUGUCUGGAGUAUGGGAGUAGGGAGGAGGCUGGAGAGGGUGGUUGUGAACUCGUGA